AUGCUGAAUUAUUGGGGUUGGCAUGCUGCCAUAUUGGGGUCGGGAUGCUGGCGUACCAUCGAGGAACCAAUGCGGCGGAGUCUGCGAGAGGGUAAGGCAGUGGCUGUCCACCUCACCCCUCGUUUGAAUAGGCUGCAUGCCUCAGUUGCCGCACCAGAGCUUCAGGAUCCUCAGGUUUUGAGUUUGCAUCAGCACCAGCAGUUGUAGUAAGAGGGGAUGUUAGCUUUUAGGUGCCGAGGUACAUGCUUAUACCCCUAAAAUCGGCUUUUCUAGCUUAAUCAAACCGGAGCUCCACCGACAUGCUUCCAGUCGGCAUGGAGGCCAGGCCCCAUUCUGCCUUCACCCCUUUCAAAGCCAAAUGGCUAAGUGGUGUCAUACACUUUGUUUCCUGGCAAUAUGUGUUGACCAAUUUGCGCUGUUCUUUGAAUUCCCAGUGCCUGUUAUCGCAAUCGGCAGUUCAGAGUUACGAUUCUGAAGAACCUACUAUUCUUACAUCAGAAAAUAGAUAAUCAGCUACUAUAUGACAUUGAGUUCAUACUAGGGGACCCUGUAGAAUCCUGGGGAGCUAUGACUGAGUUCACUUUAUUAUUCUGUAUUAUAUGAAUUAUUUUAUUAAAUGUUUUAUUCUCUUCAUUUUGUAUUUCUACAGAUAUAUUAUUAUUAUUAUAUUGAAAGUUUUAUCUUUUAAUUUGUUUGUCUUGGCAGAAUCUCCCUUCAUAUCUUUGCCAGCUGGAUGUCACAUUUGAAAAAGGUAAAUAGUCUUGUGUUUUGAAGAGUUUUGUAUUUAUUUAUCUUAAAUACAGGGUUCAUGUUGACAAAGGCUCCCAAGGACAACAUACUUUUACAUUGCUUGCCAGAAAUGGAAAAGGGCAAAUCAUGAAACCACUUGUUUUGCACAUUAGUGAUUUAUUGCAUUCUUAGUGUUCAGUUCUGGGUAUAUGAUGCAUAUAUAAUAAUGCAAGCUAUUGUUUUAGAUAUUAUCUAGUGUUAAAGGAACUCUCCAAGCAUCACCUUUCCCAUGCCAUCUGAGGUGGGACGGACAAUCUAAAUAGUUAGUUAAACACUAGUGUCAGGAAUAUAUGUUUGUAUUCCUGACACUAUAGUGUUCCUUUAACAAUCCAUUGCAAACUGCAAACUGCAAACUGGUAGAUAGCCACUAGAGGCUUUCUUAGUGCUGCAAUGUUAAUGUUGCACUUUCUCAAAAACUGACUAAGGGAGAUAGGGACACUGCACCCACACCACUUCAAUGAGCUGAAGUGGUCUUUGUGUCUAUAGUGUCCCUUUAAUUUAUUCAUGGCUGUGUAUAUAUGUGGCUAUAGAAUGUGUGUUUGUGUGAGUGAGGGGUGCUCUGUGUGUUUGUGAGGGGUGCACUGUGUGAGUGAUAGGUAGUGUGUGUCUGUUUGUGGGCCUACUGACGCCCCACCCUAUAUGUAGGCCCACACAGACACACACUACCCUUCACGCACACACUGCACCCCUCAUAAACACACAGAGCACCCCUCACUCACACACACACACAGACACACACAACACCCUUCACAAACACAGAGCACCCCUCACACACAGCUCCCUUCACACACACACAGCAUCCCUUUAGACAGAGCACCCCUCAGACACACACCAGCCCUCACACACAAAGCACCCCUCACAAAUACAGCACCCCUCAUACACAUACAGAGCAACAGUCACAAACAUCGCAGCCCUCACACACAGACAGAGCACAUGAUGUCUCACAGGAUGUCUCGUAGAAAGCUAUGAAAUAGACCAUAUGCAAUAGUGAAGAUUUAUACAGUUGUUUACAGUUUUGCUUGUUAUGUAACCCAGCAGGUUAUACUAGCUAUGCUGUUACAAAAGUUGCCCUAUGCUUAAUUGGAUACCAGCCUUAAUAGCUUUAUGUAAUUUAUUAAAGACUUUGGUUUGUGGCUGAUUAUUUAUUAAGCUGUCAUCAGUGAAUGUCAUUAAGUGUUGGUUAUUAUUUUUUUCAGUAGAACAAUGGGACCUUUGGGGCUGAGAACAAACUAAUAACACACAAUGUUUAAUAGAUUGUUAAGUAGGAUAGUGCCCAUCAUGGGAAUGUCUCCAUCAAAUGUUCGAUCAUCUGGGUUUUGGUUAAUAGACCUGGAUUUUUUUCUGUGUUUCUUUCAGAGGAUUAAAUUAGCUACUUCAGUGCUUGUUUUUUAAAAUUACAUUUUGAAAAUGCAUUUGUGUUCAGCACAUCCUACGUUUAAUAUCUAUAAGUAUGGUUUCUUUAGCCUACUUAGCUGUAAACAGUAACUGACGGUCAGAGAUCAGUCUUCGAGGCCAAAUAUCAACAUGUGUCUAACUGGUGUACAUUUUUUCUAGACUGCUGCUGUGAAGGAGGAGAAGACAGACGUAUCCCGUUGCUGAAAGAGGUGUUUGAAUCUUUUCCAGAGACACCAAUCAACAUAGACAUCAAAGUUAAUAGCAACAUUCUUGUUAAAAAGGUAUUCAGCUUUCUGGGUGUGGGUAUUCUUAAAUGGGUUUCAUAAGAUAAAAUAAUGGUCCACCACUUCUUAAAUCCGAGCUUUCCUUUUUUUUAAACUUACACAACACCAGCAUGACCACAUUUUAGCAACACAGUAGGCUUUUGUCAAGAUCUGCAAAUUCUGCUUGAGCUAUCUUAUUUAAAGACAGUUGAAGGGUGCCAGGGCACUUCUGAAACCAUGAUCACAGCAGCGUGCUGUAGUGGUUAUGGUGCUUGCAAUUUUCUUUUGAAAAUACAGCAUUGUUAUGAGACUCUCAGUGGUUGUAACUUCAAGGACGAUGCCUGGCCAAUUGUCUCCACUUUGCAUUUAUUUCUUCUCACCUCUGCCAGUCCCCACACGCUGUCUUCUGCAUCUGGAAACUCUUGUCGGAAGCCACUAAACUGCCACGUCGUGACCUCACAUCGGCACAAUGUAUGAGUUGCCACAUGUGGAGUUCGGCAGAAGACAGGGAAGUGAGACAGUGAAUCAUCUACUGUAAUGUACUGGUCUGGCUGACAGAGUGAUAGGAGGCACUACUAUCAGUAACAUCACUGUAUAUGUCAAUGAACUGUCAAUGAACCCUACUGCUACCAGGCAAUCAUUUAUUUAUUCCCAACUUAUACAUUGAUCCCCUACAGUCACCAGAACAUUUUGUGUAGUUGUAACUGUUUAUUAAUGGGAUCUACAACUCCAAUGGCUCUCUGCCAUGAUUAACACUCUCAGCUUCAUGAAUGUUAGAAAACAUAGUAAUAAUAAAAGACUAAUCACACAGACUCAGGUUAUUUAUGGUUUUUUUUAAAUAAUAAUUUUUAAAAAUGUGUUUUUUACUCAUGCUCUGCAGUGUUUGUGUGUGAGGGGUGGUGUGUGUCUGAGGGGUGCUCUUUCUAAAGGGGUGCAAUGUGUUUGUGAAGGGUACUGUGUGUGCCUGUGUGUCUGUGUGUGUGUGUGUGUGUGUGUGUGUGUGUGUGAAGGGUGCUCUGUGUGUUUGUGAAGGGUACUGUGUUUGUGAGUGAAGGGUGCUCUGUGUGUUUGUGAAGGGUGCUGUGUGUGUGUGUAUAUGUGUGUGUGUGUGAGUGAGGGGUGCUCUGUGUGUUUGUGAGGGGUGCAGUGAGUGUGAAGGGUAGUGUGUGUCUGUUUGUGGGCCUACUGACCCCCCCAUAUGUAGGCCCACACAGACACACACUACCCUUCACCCACACAGAGCACCCCUCACUCACACACAAACACAGAGCAACCCUCACACGAACAGCACCCCUCACACACACACACCACCCCUCAAACACAGCACCCUUCACACACACACAGCAUCCCUUUAGACAGAGCACCCCUCAGACACACACCAACCCUCACACACAAACACCGCACCCCUCACACACACACAAAGCACCCCUCACAAAUACAGCAUCACUCACAAACAUCGCACCCCUCACAGACAAACAUAGCAGCCCUCACACCCAGACAGAGCACCCCUCACACACACGGCAUCCCUCAUACAGACAACACCCCUCACACACACAGCACCCCUCACACACAAACACUGCACCCCUCAUACACAGAACACCCCUCACGAAUACAGCACCCCUGUCACACACACAGAGAGCCCCCCACACACAGACAGAGCACCCUUCCAAACACAGCACCCCUAACGCACGCAGAGCACCCUUACACACAUACACACACAGAGAACCCCACACAAACAGCGAGAGCACCCCUCACAAACAGCACUCCUACACACAUACAGAGCACCCCUCACACAGACAGCACCCCUCACACAUACAGAGCACCCCUCACAAACUUCACUCCUAACACACAUACAGAGCACCCUUCACACACACAGAGCAGCCCACACACACACGUACACACAAACAGUACCCUUCACACACACACAGCACCUCUUUAGACAGAGCACCCCUCAGACUGAGCACCCCUCAGACACACACCACCCCUCACACACAAAAGCCGCACCCCUCACACACAGACAGAGCACCCCUCACGCACACACACACAGCACCCCUCACACACACAGACAGAGCACCCCUGGGAGCAAUUCAACUUUAAUAAGAAGGUUAAAAGACAAAUAAACACAAUCAUAAACCACAAAAACCUAAAAUUAAAAGUUUAGCAAUAACACAACGUGUUUUCGAGUAUGAAAGUCUUCUUCAUGGUGCAUACUGGCUCCAUUGAGCCUCCUCCCUUAUAAAUGUACGGUCUGGAAAAUUGAUGUUGGCGCCCUUAUUCCGGCAUUCCUCUUGGUAUCUCCAACUGUUUCCGGUAUGCAGUGUGAUGUCCUUUCUUGUGCAUUCCAACAUAAUUACACCUGAUGUUACAUGUGCAUGAUUCAGAAUAUACCAGUGUCCGCAUGUUAUAACAUCUACUGUUUGUCAUGUGGUCGUAAUCUUCCGCGUUCACACUUCGAAAGUGGUAAAAUAGAUUUGCUAAGGGUAAAUAUAUAGAGUCAUGUCAGCAACUCAAUUCAUGCUGAAUUAACACUUGUAAAAAAAACAACAACAAAAAUUUUAAAGAUAGCAAUGAUCAAGUGUAGAAAUAGCCAUUGAGGUGAAAGCAAUACUGAUACUGUGUGGGAUUCCAACUGUAAAUGGUGAAAUCUGUAGGACAAAUAUAUUUUUGAAUGACUUGUUUUUCUGUUUCUGCAGGUCUCUGAAUUGAUAAGAGAAUAUAAGAGAGAGCAGCUGACAGUGUGGGGUAAUGCAGACUAUGAGAUAGUGCAGAAAUGCCAAAAGGAGGUAAGCCCACCUUUUUCUGCCAUAGGUAACCACUUUAAAGUCAUUUACUGCAAGUGGCUGUUUUACUAUGAUCUCAUUAUAAAAUAAACAAACUGGGUGAAAAAUAUUUAUAUUGCUUAUAAAAGGCAAUUUAGUACAAAUUUGAUACUGGAUAGUUUUGUUGUUUGCUCAAUUUAAAUAGUUGGAUAAGCUUUUCAAAUUAUUUAUUAUUUUUUUGAUAAACUUUUAAAUUAUUUAUUUUUAAAUAUUAAAAUAUCAAAAAUCUAUUGUAUAUAAAAAUAUAUUUAAAUAAUUUAAAUAUUACAACGAUUAAAUAUUUUUCAUAAUAUUAAAUAAUUUGAAAUCCUUAUCCGAAAAUAUUAAAUUAUAAGGAAAAUGAUUGAGAGCUCCCAAAAUCCUAUAAUGUAAGGGAAUAAGGCAGGAUGCAACCAUGCUACUAGAGAUUUGUCUCAUGAUGUAGCCUAAGGAACAUCAGAGAACCCAUGAAGGCAGAGUCCAGUAACAAAAUCGCAAUUAUUUAUUGAGCAGAGACAUGUUUAAAUCAGCUCCCCGCUGAUUUUCUUUUGGAUAUCUCUUUGUUCCACUAUCAACACUGAAAUCAUAUAUAAAGAACAUAUCAACUGUUAGCACCCAAGUUCCCUUAAUUUGUUUAGAAAUACCUUAUCUCCCAUAUUGUUGUAAUGUUAAUUAAUUGGCUCCUUGUAUACAGAAAAGGGUAUUCUUUUUUCAUUAUGAAUGCAGAGGCUUGUUGAUACAUGAGAACUGCUAAUAUCACUGAAAUUAUAAGAACAGGAGAGUAUAGAGUGCCCUCAAUGGACCUUGUUACUUCAAGAGAAUACUAUAAUUUUCAAAUUCACAAUUAAUUUCCUCUUUAGGUUUUUCUUACUACGACAUAUAGAUCACAUAUUUUGUUUCAAAGAGAGCACUAGACCCCCUGAAAUUGAGCACUUGCUUUACAUACAUACGCUAAAUUUUUUUAUAUAAAAUAUAUUUUAAAAAUUGCAUAAAAAGUUACAAAAGUAUUAUGUAUUUUAGAUCAUGCUUUAGAUAUUUAAAUAUUUGCCAUUUACAUCAUAUCACAUAGAGGCAACCAUAGGACUGAUGAUAAAAGUAAAAUCCUUUUACAAUUUUUUUUUUCUCAAACCCCGAUAAGCCUCUUAGUGAUGCCUUAUUUGGAUUUAAAGUUUUUGCCAUUUGAUAUAAUGUACAAAAUAAGCAAGUAUUUAUUGCAUACACUUGGUAUAUUACCCUGAAAUAUGCUACCUGUGUAUUAAUAAAAUGUAAUAAUAAUAAUACAUUAUUGGUCUUUUUACUUGUAGAACAAUGACAUCCCUCUGCUCUUCUGUUUUCAACGGGUUCUCCUCCUGGUUGGUUUAUUUUAUACAGGACUUCUACCCUUUGUACCAAUUCGGGAACAGUUCUUGGAGAUUCCCAUGCCCUCUAUCAUCAUGAAGUAAGCAACACGACUCUGGCUGCUUUGGGACUUUAUAUGUUCUUAGAACAAGGGUGUGCUGUAGUUCAUCAUUGCCCGAUUGUUAGGUACGCUUUGUGGGAAUAUUUUUCUUGACACGUUUAGUGGGUUUGUGCUGUAUUAAAAGUCACUGAGGGACCAGGAGCUCAAGUACUGGUCAGUGCAUGAUAAGAUUCUGCUGAACAGAAACAUUACCAUUCAGUCACAUGGGAUAAAGAUUUCUAUCACUUACAGGUCCUGUUUCCUCUGUGGAUAUUGGAGGACCUAUAACCUCUGUGGAGGUUUUGAAGGUUGGGUUCUGGACUGUUUGGCACUGGCUGAUUUCUUUAUGAGCGCAGUUCAGAGUGCAGAUGUUUGCAGUUAUGCCGUAUUAAAAAAAAGAACAAAAUAAAAUAAAACUAUAGUAUUUUGAAUUUUGAUAAUGCCUGGAGCCUUAGAAAGAAAAAUAAGGUCCAUAUCCAGCAUAUAUGAUUCCAUGUGAACUGUCCUUGAUAUGCUCGAUAUUCUUGCACUCUCCACAAGAGCCUGAUUUAGGAGUGUGGCGUCAUAGACCUGGAAAAGGAUCACAAUACGGCAAAAUACCAAAACCACCUUCUCAAUGAAGCGGUCUGGGUGCAGUGGUCCUGUUGUUUUAGUCCUGCAAUGUAAAGCAUUUCUGUUUUGUAGAUACCGCAGUGUAGUAUAGAUUGCAGGGCUAAACACAACUCAGGAAGACAGCCGCUAGAUGGUGCUUCCGCUGCAAUACGAAAACAGACUCAGGUGUCGAGCGUCCUCUAACGCUGAUUAUAAAGAAGCAUUGGAUUCAUUGGAUGAGUAUAUGCUUGCCGCACAUGCGCUUUUUUUACCCAAUUGUACUCUAUGAGAAGUAUUGAAUUUAACAAGAGCACAAAAAGAAGACUGCCUUUGGGAUGACGUCACCAGAGGUUGCAUGGAGUGUGUCUUGGCGCUGCAAAGAAAAUUCAUUUUUUUCCCCACUACAUUUAGGGCAGUGCUCUUUUAAGGGGUAGUAUACACAUGUGGAGUAGUGUCUAACAUGAGAAUUAAACUCUGUCAUUUUCUUUAUCUUGGAAAGUAAAUGAAACCAUCUCUGUUUGUGUCCUUUACGUGCAGGCUGAAAGAUCCCUCAAAAAUGAGCAGGAGUCACAAAUUUGUGGUGUGGCUUGCAGAUGCGUAAGUAGCUUCCUUCAUUGUUUCUUAGUAAAAAAAUAAAUAGUGCAUGCUGGGUUAUUAUAUAUAAUAAGAGAUAUUAUGACACUGCCAGUCUAGGCCACACAAUUUUGUUGAGGAAAUUGUAUUUUAUAUGCUGUUGAUUUACUUUUUUGUAACCUAAAAUUUGAAAUUCACUUUGAAUGGUAUAUUAAAAUGUGUCAAUUGCCUCCGACCAUAGAACAAAAAGACACACACUAUAUACUUGCUGCCAAUCCUAUGCUCCUGAUAUGUUAUAAUUGUAAAACGUAUAGACUAAUCCAGGCCCUUGGCAAAACAAUUGUUAUUUACUAAUCUGCCUAUGUUGAAAAGGCAGCACAAGUAUGUUAUGCUUUGUUACAUUUCUCAAUGCACAGAAAAUAAAGAAUUAAAAAAAAAAAAAAAAUGUGUCAAUUGCAUGUUAUCUCAUGUUUUUCUUUUCUGUUUCAGAUUAAUCAUGAGAAAAGGUUUGUUUGAUCACCUAAAAGCAAGAGGAAUUCAGGUAAAUAAUGUUUCAGGCACAGAAUAAAAUAUUAAAUAUUACUACUCCACUUUUUCAUAGUGAAACCUGCUCUUAACAGAGUUAUCCCAGUAUUAGAGACACUAAUUUAUUAAGCUCCGAAUACGCCUCCUGAUUUGAACUGUGCUAAAAAAAAAGAGUUCAGAUCAGGACAUCUGCAUCGAAGAAUUGAAAUUGCUACAAGAUUUCUUUUUUGUGACGUCAAACUAUAGCAUAGAGUAUGUGACCAAUUCUAUAGUCUUCAUUUUUUAGGUUUCUGAAUAUUAUAUAUUGAUUUAUUAAUUCUACAUACAAACAUCCAGUUGGAAUCUAAUAGAAAGCUUCCAUAAAAUAAACUAAUUUAGUGGAAGCCAGAAGGGUUAAAUAGGUUCUGAGUAACAGAUAGAUUACGCAGGUAUGUACCCAGAAGUUGUAUGGUUACUAUGUUUACUGAUUUUCGCUUGUCCUUGUAUAAUUUUUCUCUCUGCAGGUGUACAUUUGGGUGCUAAACAAUGAAGAGGAAUAUAAAAGGGCUUUUGAUUUGGGUGCCACUGGUAUAAUGACGGACUAUCCCACUAGACUGAAGGAGUACAUGGAAACUCACUCCCUUUAAAGCUCAACACUGCAAGAACAGAGCUACGCCAUUCAUCUGGCGGAAGUCUUGCUGAACACUAGGGUCAUCAUACCUCAUACGCAACGACUGUAAUAACUGUCUAGUUACUUAUACAUAUGUAUUUAAGGGGAACUUGCAUAGUUUACAUUUUGUAAAUAAAUUAGGCAGAAUAGGAGAAACCUCAGAAACUGUAUGUUCAAGAACUUAAAAUUACGGUCAGAACUCUGACAUAGAAUGUACUGUAUGCAAUACCUGUCUGAAAGCCUGCUUUCAUGUCACAAACUUCACUUGGCCAGAUGCAAAAAAAUAACACAUACUGCAUUGCGUUUGGUCCAUAGUGACCAGAGAUGAUGUAUAGAAAUCAUGCCUAAAUGGAACUAUUUCAUUCCUGCAAAGAACACAAAAAUGCAUUUUAAAUUAAUUUGCACUGGUAAUCUAAAAAGAACAUCAAUACUGAUUUACCUUUUGUACGAUCAAAACAGUCAAUUAAUACAAUAAUAAUUAAAGCAGUUACUGAGUAAAUAUUAGUGUUACUGGUAGCUUAGAAAUCAUGGUACUGCUUGACGGGUUAACAGAAAAGGAAAGAAAGGAAAGGGGAAAUUUAUGAUGCAUUUUUUAUACAUAUGGCUGCUGUAUGUUUUCCUUGGCACGUAUCCCUUGUACAUGAAGAUGGGCAACAAAUGAGAAGUACAACCUUGUAGCAUGUAGUAUCCUUAUACUGCAGGGGAAAAAAAUCAGUUUAUUCAUUAUCGAGUUAUCAGAUCUCCAAAAGAUCAGUCUUGAUUAUUUAUUAGUUAUCACUCAAUUAGAUAUCUCUCAAUUGCAUACUAAAGGGCAGUUAGUCCUGUUGGUAUACUGAUGAUAUGGAGAACCGCACACAAUUAUUUUAUGCUCACGAGACCUUACUAGCUGUUUGAGACAACUGAGAAAAAUGUACAAAAAAAAAUAAACAACAAACAACUAAAGGCUGGAGUGGGCACCCAUAAUAUAUUUAAAUGAGUGGGUUAUUUAUAAAUGAAUUCCUUGUGUUCGAUGUAAAUUCCCAGUGCCCCAACCAUUCUUAUCAUACACAUUGCUACCCUUGAAUAUGCAGUUCAGCAUUCAGAAGUAUUGAAUCAUGUUACAUUAUCAGACGGGACGCAUGGGAUUGUUGCCUGUUAGCAGCUGCAAAAUUUUCUCAAAGGAGCUGUAGACACAAACAUAUAAGCUGUGAAAGAUGCUGUCAAUGCGGUGGGGCCUUGUGUAGCAUUGUACAUAGCAUUGUACAGCACUGCGGAAUUUGUUGGCGCUACAUAAAUAAUAAUAAUAAUAGCACAAGCCAACCCUGUGAGCCCAGGCCGUACAAGUACAAAGCAGAAGCUUUCUCCUUUGACCUCUCUCUCUCUCUCUCUCUCUCUCUCAGUAAAGGAUUGGGCCGAGAGCAGAAGCUGUUAUUGCAAUUAUAAUUCAGUCAUAAGCAGCUUUUAGACACUGUGCAGGGACACAGUGAUGGGGGACCUUCUUGUAUGAUAACCUAUGCAUCUUUUAACAUUUUUGAAAGUUAUUUUGAACGUUACGUUGCAACCCCCUGCCUAGUUUAGGUGAGAUUUUAAAAGACAUUUUGUAGUAGGUUGGCUAAAGCAGUGUUUCCCAACCCAGUCCUCAAGGCACACCUACCAGUCCAGGAUUUAGGGAUUACCCAGUUGUGUCUAAGGUGUUUUUUUUCUUCUUUGUAAAAACACCUUAGACACAACUGGGUAAUCCCUAAAUCCUGGACUGGUAGGUGUGCCUUGAGGACUGGGUUGGGAAACACUUAAACACUUGGCUAAAGUAUAUUACUAAAAACAUCUUAAAGGGAAACAAUAGUCACAAGAACAACUACAGCUUAAUGUAGUGGUUCUGGUGUCUAUUGCCUGUCCCUGUAGGCUUUUCAAUGUAAAUGCUGCCUUUUCGGAGAAAUGGCAGUUUACACAUUGCGGCCUAGGAACACCUAUAGGUACAGUCACUAAGAUUGCUACUAGAGGUGCUUCCUAGUGUGCAUCACUGAUGUUCAGCAUCUCCACGUUCUGCAUAGAGAGUUAAUGCAUCUCCAUAAGGAGAUGCUGAUUGGCACAGUGUGUUUUUUUUUUUACUGCGCAUGCAUAACAGACUCCUAAUGUUUUCCGAUGGAAAGUAUUGGAUUGGCUGAGAUCAUCAAAUUUGAUGAUCUCAGCCAUGAAGGCUGAGCAAGGCGGGACUAGCCGUGGCAAGAUCAGUAGCAACAUUGGAGAAAAGAUGAGCAAAAUCACCUUUUUAAGAGCGAUUUAAGUUGGGCUGGUGACCUAAACAGCCACACAUGCCCUAUAGUGUAAGAAAUACAUGUUUGUAUUCUUGACUCUAUAGUAUUCCUUUAAGACUUACUGAUUAUUUUUUUUUAAAUAAUGCUAACACAAUGUUUAGACACAUUUUAAUAUUCUCCCUGUUACCAAAUGUCCAAGUGGCUCAUUUUAAAGAGUUAAUAACUUCGGCAGGUGUGGUUAUAUGUGGCUCUGCUCUGAUCCAUUGUCAAUAUCAGAAUGUAAAUAAACCCUGCACUUGCUUUUUUAAUGUUGUGUUUUAUUCACUAUACUCCAAAUAAUGAACAGGUGACUUCUAGGACCAGAGAACCUUUGUCCUGGCACUUUUCAGAAAAAUAAGAUAUCAUGUUUAAAGAAAAAAAAAAGCAGAUGCUCUAGUGUUUAUUUAAUUUCUUAAAUUUAGAAUUUAGUGUAAAGAACUGCAUAUAAUCAUUCAUCUUUCUAACUGUAGUCCUGAUGUUCGACGUCUAAUGAAGUCUACUUCACACUUCUGCUUCUCAUGUAUUCUCUUCAAUAAAGUUUCAUAUAUUCAAAAUCUAAGUAUUAAAUAGCAGUAAGAUAUACCUAUGAAAAUGUAUACAUGGCAACUGUGGGACAAUGUUGAUUUCCUUUUUAAAAAUAACUCGUUCAGACUCAGUUAAGACAAUGUUGUGUUACAAUAUAUCUGCUCUCUGGAUUCAGUGUACACAUAAGAACUUAAAUCAAACAACAGAUAUGGGCCCAGAUUCACUCAACAGGGAUAAGCCUUAACCGUCCAUUCCAAUACAUAGCUCGUACUAAAGGAUAGAUUCACAAAGUGUGAUAAUAUGUAGCAUGAUAUAUUUUAUUUGCUAGAUAAUGAAUAUAUUCGAUGAGAAUUAUUAGUUCCCUGUAGUAAAUCUGCAUCUUUAAAUGAAUUUAUUUGUCAAAUAGAACCCGGGGAUAGAAGGGUUGGUUUGCUGAUAUCCAUAAGCCAUGAUAAAUACACAGAAACAGCAGUAACAAGCCCAAUCUAUUUCCCUGGACUGCAAAACCCAUUUUACUCUGUAUAUUUCUAUGUAAUAAAAAUCAUAUGAGAAAUGCUAUAAUAAAAAUCAAUUUGUAUAUAAA